GAAUAUUUAAUAUGAUAAUUUUAAGCUAUCAAUUCUAAACUGUUUUUGAUAUUGUUAAUCACUUUUAAUUAGGAUUUUUAAUAAACGUGGAGAAAACUGAUAAUAUUGAAAGUGACACUAAAAUGAUAAUGGAAACUAAAGUUUUCCAAAACAUAGGACGAAGAUACAUUGGUAUCAAUAUUAUUUAAACUGAUACAGAAAAAUUAAGAUUUCUAAAUUGUCAAACUGUCAUCAUGAAAACAAAAUAUUAUUAACCUACAAUUUAACUAUAUAAUUUAAAGUAAAAAUGCCGAAAGUUGUUUCAAGAAGUAUAAUAUGUUCUGAUACAAAAGAUCAAGAAGAAUAUAGCGAAGAAAAACCACUACAUAUUUAUUAUUGUUUAUGUGGACAAAUGACAUUAAUUUUAGAUUGUGCCAUAGAAAAAUUGCCUUUGAGAAAAAGAGAUGGUGCACGAGUUAUUGAUGGAAGUAAACAUGCCCACAAGAUGACUUGUGAACAAGAUGAAAUUGUAUAUUUAAAACGUUCUGAAGGAAUAGAAAAACAAUAUCGUCAAAAAUGUAAAAAAUGUGGUCUUUUUCUUUACUAUAAACAUGAUCAAGCAACAAACAUUGUAUUUAUUGUAAAAGGUGCAGUAAUUAAAAGUUCUGGUGAAGGUCCAAUGACAGAUAUAUAUAAUCAAGUAGCUAUUGAAAAACCAAAGAAAAUAAUGGUAACAAAGCACACAAAAAAUAUGGGAAAAUUCAGUUCUGUUACUGUGUCUACUAUUGAUGAGGAAGAAGAUGAAAUUGAGGCGAGAGAAGUAGCUGAUUCAUAUGCUAACAAUGCACGAAUAAUAGAAAAACAAUUAGAAAGAAAAGGAAUGAAUAAACGGAAAGCUAUGCCUCCUCCAGAAGCAGAUCCAAAAAGAGCAAGACCACGGGGAACAUUAUUAGAUGUAUGAAACUUAGUUGUGUAUUAUUGUCAUAUAUUUAUGGCUGAAUAUGAUCAUAUGUAAAAACAAAAUAGAAUAGAACACCGAACAAAUUUUAUAAAAAUUGUG